AUGAGCACGGGAGAAUUGGAGGUUGUGAAAGAGAUUCAUAGCAGAGCUAUAGCUGACAAGAAAGCGAAUGGAGACGCCCAGAAUAAUGGAACCGAUGGAGAUGGUGGCACUGAACCCGAUAAUGUGGUUAGCGAGACUAGCAGAAUGCCAUUCCUGAUGCUCGGACUAGAUUUGCCUCCGCCGCCUCUUUUCCAAGAUGUGAUGGAGAAAAAUAUAAUUCCACAGGUUUGUGUUUCAACUUGCAACCUGUGUUAA